AUGAACACAGGGUCUGAUUCUCAGUCUCCAGAUUCAGCAAAAGGCUUCAGGAGCGUGCGGCCAAACCUACAGGAUAAAAAAUCACCAACUCAGGCACCUCUGCCACCUCCUAGAAAAGAAAGCUUUCGGAAAGCAAGAGUAACUAAUCCCGAGAACGAAAUUAAUCUCCAGGCAGGAACUGCUGGCCCAGCUAAACACCUCCUCUCAGAUACUGCCUAUUACACUAGUGAGACAUUUGUGCAGGAGACAAUGUCUUCUCAAAUAUCUAACACAAGUGUGUCCUAUGCACAGAAAAUCAUUAAACCCCUGCCCUCAGUCUCCAGUGCAGACACAGGCACAGUAGCUGGCAUUAGCACCACUCUCCAUCAAGGCCAGAGGCAGCAGUCUCAAAAACGUAAGAUAUCUACCCUGAAAUUAACCCGGACACGUGACCCAGCAAGUAGCAUUCCUUGUCAUUCACAGCAACAGCUCAAGCCUGUUGAAGAGCCAGGGUUUUCACAGAGGCCUGUCUCACCUGCCUGUAACCCCCUGCCUGAGAUACACACAGCAUCUCUUUCCGUUCAGAUAGUUCCCACCCCUGACAAUAAAGCAGAGCCUGAAAUCCAAGAUCAUCCACCUAGUAUUUCUCCAGACACUUCAAAGAUGUCUUCAAAGGAUUUGGGACAAAAGUCUACAGUUCUUCCUUCUUCACAGGCUGCAGAAUGCCAUGUGCUUGGAAACCAGAAAGUAACUGCCCCUGUGAUGGAGGUAAAUGCUUCACAGACACACAGACAAACAGCAACAGAAGCUUCUCCACUGCCUCUUCCUUCUCCUGUGGUACCAGUUAACAGAGCCUCUUUCUCACCAGACAGUGGCACCCACCCAGUACCAUAUUCCUUGCCAACGCUUGAUGAUUUUUUGCCUUCCCUCUUUGAUCAGAGCCCAGCCCUGUCCCAGUGUCCAUACAAAUGCCCGUUCCUGGCUGCUGCCAGUGCUGCCCCCAGGAACAGGAGCGAAGCAGCCUCUGUGAGCACAGACUCUGCCAUGAGCGAGUGCUCCUCGCGCACGCUGAGCGAGUGCUCCACUGCCAUCCUAGAUGAGCUGCAGACUUGUAGCUAUGAUACCACUGACUGCUCUGAAACACCUUCCCCAACCCUGAGCCAGAUGUCUGCUGUGUCAGAUGGCACCACCUUAACCAACACUGCUGCCACCUCUCAUGCUCAGAUCACAGUGAAUGGGAAUUCUGGCACUGCUGCCAGCCCAGUGAGUCACUUUCAAAGGCCUUUUUCCCCUUCUUCAGCUUACCCUCCACCAGCUUCACUCAAUUCCAACAUUGUUAUCAUGCAGCAUGGCAGGAUGAUGGAGUCCACAGAGACAUACUCACAGCAUGUUCAGAAUGUUGGCACCACCACCACCACCAGUACAAUACCAAUCUGUAGAUCCUCAGAAGAAGAAAAAAAAAUUACAGUAAUUAAAGCUCCACAUUAUGCAGGGAUUGGCCCGGUAGAUGAAUCUGGAAUCCCUACAGCAAUUAGAACGACAGUUGACAGGCCAAAGGAUUGGUACAAGACAAUGUUCAAGCAAAUCCAUAUGGUUCAUAAGCCUGAUGACGACACAGACUUGUAUAAUACUGCAUAUGCAUACAAUACUGGUAGCUACAGUCCAUCCUUCUCUGCUCAGGCACACCCAGCUGCAAAGACACAGACAUAUAGACCACUGUCCAAAAGUGCUUCUGACAGUAGCUCCGAUGCCUUUAAGGUCUCAUCCCCUUUGCCACCCCACGUGCCACCACCAGUACCACCACAUCGUAUGAGGCAACGCUCUACACCAGAAAAGAAUGACUGGGACCCUCCUGACAGAAAGGUAGAUACUCGCAAGUUCCGUUCUGAACCAAGAAGUAUUUUUGAGUAUGAGCCGGGAAAGUCAUCGAUCCUUGAGCACGAACGACCGGCUUCCUUAUAUCAUCACUAUUCAACAGACAGAGGCCUGGACAGGCCCUCCAGUUCUGCAAGUACUGCGAGUGACUACAGAAAGCGAAGGAAGUCAGAGCCCGCUGUGAGUCACCAGAGGGCACACAGUGACCAGAACGCCAACAGACCUAACCUGGGUCGUACAGACACACAGGGCUCAUGUUCCACCCUUAGGAAGCCUUUAACUAGCUCAUCUCCUUCUUCUCCAUCACGAGCUAAAGACCAGGAGUCUCCUGGAAGCUAUUCUUCUGCUUUCACUGAUGUGGGACGAUGUACUCCAAGGGAGAGAAGAGGAACUACAGACAAAGAGAAACUGCCAGCUAGAGCUGUAUAUGACUUUAAAGCUCAGACUUCUAAAGAGCUGUCCUUUAAGAAAGGAGAUACUGUCUAUAUCCUCAGGAAAAUUGAUCAAAACUGGUAUGAGGGUGAGCACCAUGGAAGAGUUGGAAUAUUCCCAAUUUCUUAUGUUGAGAAACUUUCUCCCCCAGAAAAAGCACAGCCUGCCAGGCCACCUCCCCCUGCACAGAUUGGAGAGAUUGGAGAAGCUGUUGCCAAAUAUAAUUUCAGUGCAGACACAAAUGUGGAGUUAUCACUUAGAAAGGGAGACAGAGUAAUUCUUCUUAAGCGAGUUGAUCAAAACUGGUAUGAAGGUAAAAUACCAGGAACCAACAAACAAGGCAUCUUCCCUGUCUCCUAUGUAGAAGUCAUCAAAAAGAAUCCAUCAAAAGGUGUAGAUGACUAUCCUGACCCUCCAAUACCCCAAAGCUAUUCUAGUGACAGAAUACAUCAUUUAAGUUCAACUAAGCCACAGCGCCCUGUGCUUUCUCAUGAAAAUAUACACGGUGGGGGGGAACCGUUUCAGGCUCUAUAUAACUAUACCCCUAGGAACGAAGAUGAAUUGGAGCUCAGAGAGGGAGAUGUCAUUGAUGUGAUGGAAAAAUGUGAUGAUGGAUGGUUUGUGGGAACUUCAAGAAGAACCAAAUUCUUUGGUACUUUCCCUGGAAACUAUGUCAAGAGGCUGUGAAAUUUUUUUUUUCUACUUAUUUAUGCUGCAUCUCUGCAACACAUCUGCAUAAAGCUGCUAGAAAACAUGCUACGCUGGCCUUCUGUUUUCUCGCUUGCAGUCUCAAAUAGAGGCCAUCUAGUUCACCCUCAUCCCAUCCCACCCGCCAAACCGUCCCAGCAGUAUUACAGCAACGACCACAGUGUGAAUAACUAAGCUUUUCUGAGACAAGAGGAAGCAUUUCAACAUUUAAAUACUCCCUGGUUUAAAGUAUUUCCGUGUGAAACACAAUAGGAAAAAGCCUGAUGACAGGUACAUAAAUGAGUUGCCAUGGGGGGGUAGGGGGGAAGGGGGAAAAAAAAUUAUUCUUAUUUUGAACAUUUGUGGUACUACCAUGAAGUCUGGUGGGAUUUUUUCAGCAUGCAUGUAAUACAGAGGAAAGUUGCUGUUUACUAUUUUUUAAAAAUUUGAUUUUACACAUUCUUAUUAGCUUGGUAGCAUUUGUUGCUUCCACAUUGCUGUGUCACGGGUUUGCCUAUUGUACUGGUUUACAAUGUAUGACAAACUAUAAUAUAGACUUUUUGCCUGCACUUGUAUGCUGUAACAAAUGCACAGUGAUUGUAAAAUCUCAAGCAAGCAAAGUGAAAAAUGGAAGAACUGCAAGUGUUCUGAACGGGUGCAAUGGUAUUGGCUAAAUCUUUUAUCUUUUUUUCCCUAAUGAAAAACUGUAGUGAACCUGUAGUGUUUUCUGUUAAAAAGUAAGAAGUGCAAAAGGCACAAAGACUGGGGAAAGAGGAUUUAAGGAAGAGCAAGACAGUGCUGUAAGCAUAGACAAUAAUAACCUGCUAUUGAUGUCUGAUAUUAAAUGGUUGUAAUCAAAAUGUUGUAAUAGUAAGCAACAUGAAGUGUAAGAGGUAGUGUUUUUACUUAUCAGGAAAUUAAAGAAGCAGGAAGGUAAACAGUGUUAGUGCAAAGGGUUGUUGGAUUUUGGUUUUUUUCUUUCCUAACAUAGCCACCUGAAAAAUAUUCACAAGCAUCAUGUACUGAUUUAUUUCACUAUAUAUGUGUAUGUAUGUUAAUGAAACCCAAGUUACACAUUCUUUUUAGGAAUUUAGACAGAAAAAAGAAGUCACAAGUAUUAAAACAAAUAUAUUUUAGAGG